AUGGAGGUAAAUGAUCUUGAUGAUGCAAUAAAAAGAUUAUCAUUCUAUAAAUUAGCAGAUAGACACGAGGAUAUGGCAAGAGAAACAAUAAGUAUACUGGAGAUGAUGCAUAAAGAGGGUAAGGAAAUGGAUGAAUUUGUAAGGGAGAACUUUUCAUUGUCACAUAAGAACAUGUUAAGUCCACUUAGAAAUUCAUUGAGAGCACUUAUGACAGAAGCAGACAAAUAUAAGGAUGAUAAAGAGAAUCAUGAAUAUAAAAUAUUAAAGGAAAUUAUAGUUAAGAUAACGAAUAAUAUAAUGGAAAUAAGUGAUGGUGUAUUAGACGCAAUAGAGAAGUUUGUGGAUUUAAAAGAAAAAGAAGAUCAAAUGAUUAAUUAUGUUUAUUUUAUAAAGAUCAAGGGAGACUUUUAUAGGUAUAAAGCAGAAGUGACAAUAGGACCAUCUAGAGAAGAAUAUAGAGAUAUGUCAUUCAAGUAUUACAGUGAAGCAAGAGAGAAAGGAAAUUUCCUUAAAGCUUCAAAUCCAAUCUGGUUAGGAUUAGCUCUUAACUUAUCAGUACUUUACUAUGAGACAUUUGAGAAUGUAGAAGAAGCACUUAAAUUAGCACAAGAGUCAUUUGAAGCAGCAAUUCAACAAUUAGAUAUUUUAACAGAUGAGAAUUAUAAUGAAUCUACAUUAAUAAUGCAACUAUUAAGAGAUAAUAUAACUUUAUGGACUGUUCAAGCUAAGGAGAAAAGAAUGGAUUCACCUUUAUUACAAAAACAUUCUCAAGUUGAUAUUGAAGCAGAUUUAAAUUCUACUAAAAAUGAAUUAAAUUUAAAUUCUACUAAAAAUGAAUCAUUAACAGAAUCUAAACUUAAUGAAACUUUAAAUGAAUCUAAAAUGCUUGAAGAUAAUAAAUUGUAA